AUGUGUCUUGAAACAUUUAUUAAAAGUUGCGCAGGGUACUCUGUUAUCACAUAUAUACUGGGCAUUGGUGACAGGCACCUUGAUAAUUUGCUGCUCCAGGAUGAUGGCCGUCUUUUCCAUGUUGAUUUUGGUUUUAUUCUUGGUCGAGAUCCUAAGCCCUUUCCACCACCUAUGAAACUUUGCAAAGAAAUGGUUGAAGCUAUGGGCGGAGCAGAAAGUCAAUACUAUACCCGGUUCAAAUCAUACUGUUGUGAAGCAUACAAUAUCCUAAGGAAAUCAAGCAACCUAGUACUAAAUCUGUUCCAUUUGAUGGCGGGGUCCAACAUUCCUGAUAUAGCUUCUGAUCCUGAAAAAGGCAUUCUUAAGCUUCAAGAGAAGUUCCGGUUGGACUUGGACGAUGAGGAGUCAAUACAUUUUUUCCAGGAUCUUAUCAACGAGAGCGUCAGUGCAUUAUUCCCACAAAUGGUGGAAACCAUUCAUCGAUGGGCUCAGUAUUGGCGCUAA